UCUUACCCAAACCAAGUCACCAACCAACCAAAGCAACUUCUCACCCAAAAAGGUCCGGCCUUUUUCCAUUCACAUUCACACAUUCUUUCUUCCUCCUUUCUUCACUUUUCAAUCUCCAUGGCCUCUUCAUUAUCUCUCCUCUCACCUCCUUCUCUCUCCUCCACCCACCACCACUACAAUGCCUCUUCUUCUUCCUUCACCACCCGCCUUAUCCUGCGCACCCCAAGACCCCUUAACGUACGCACCCCAACCUCCACCACCAGAGCUCAGUCAGUCCCAGCCCUGACCCAAGACGACCUGAAGAAGCUCGCCGCCGACAAGGCCGUUGAGUACGUUAAAUCCGGCAUGGUCCUGGGCCUCGGCACCGGCUCCACCGCGGCCUUCGUCGUCGCCAAGCUGGGCCAACUCCUCAGCACGGGCCAACUCUCCGACAUCGUCGGAAUCCCCACCUCUAAAAGGACGGAAGAACAGGCCCGCUCCCUCGGCAUCCCUCUCUCCGUCCUCGACGACCACCCCUGCCUCGAUCUCGCCAUCGACGGCGCCGAUGAGGUCGACCCCGACCUCAACCUCGUCAAGGGUCGCGGAGGUGCCCUCCUGAGGGAGAAGAUGGUCGAGGCGGCGUCGGACAAGUUCGUUGUCGUCGCCGACGAGACGAAGCUCGUCGAAGGCCUCGGCGGGAGCGGAUUGGCCAUGCCCGUAGAGGUCGUGCAGUUCUGUUGGAAGUAUAAUUUGGUGAGAUUGCAGGAGCUGUUCAAGGAAGAAGGCGUUGACGCGAAGCUGAGAUUGGAUUCCGAUGGGAAGCCUUACGUGACUGAUAAUUCGAAUUACAUUGUGGAUUUGUACUUCAAGACACCGAUUAAGGACGCCAUUGCGGCGGGGAAGGAGAUCUCGGCGUUGGAAGGGGUUGUGGAACAUGGAUUGUUCUUGGAUAUGGCGACUGCAGUUAUCAUUGCUGGGACUAAUGGCGUUGAUGUCCAGACCAAGUGAGAAUGAAACUAAGAGUGAAUUCUCUUGUCAAACAACUAUAUGAAUAAUUGUAGAAGAGACCAAAGAGAUAAAUUAGAAGGCUUGAGAGUAAAGA